GGUGGAAGCCGAGAAAUCCAGCCCGGAUAGCAGCGUGGGGUCCCGCCCCGGCCCCUGCCCUGGGGCUGUCGCCGCACGCCCGCCGGCAGCCGGGGCCUCUCGGGCCGAUCUCCGGCCCGCACCCACGCCCCGUCACGGGAUCGAGCCCCGCUCCCACGGCCGCGAUCGGGGAGGCAGGCGCCGGGCCGCAGCGGGUUCUCGGGAGCAACGAGUCCCGGCUUUGAACGCUACUCUUUAACACCCUGAGACCGGCUGUGUGACCUUGGUGCCUUACCUUCUCCAAGCCUCAGUUUCCUCACCUGUGAAACGGGCAGACUAGAGCAUCUGCCAGAAUAAGGAUGACGUGAGCACCUCUGGGACCUCAGUCAGCAGUGGCAUGCUUGUAUUCAACAAGUAUUGAAUGUCUGUUUCCCGUGGGCCAGGCACCAGGCUAAUUCCUUGGCCCCAGGGGCCCCACCAAGUCAGCGGCAUGUGGCACCCCCGGGCCUGGCCAGUGUCCUCCCGCCAGCUGCCCGGCCCCCCCAGGAGGCCCUGACGCCCUGGGGCACUUCUGCUGUGCACAGGACCACGUGGGGGUUUGCCAUGGUGACAUAAAGGGGCGUGGAGGAAGGAAGGAGCACAACCAGCCUGCGGACGGCGCCCCUGGCUGGGAGGAAGGGCCAGCGGCCCGGUCCUCCACUCCUGCUGCCCACUGAGGGCCUCGCCUGACAAGUGUCUGUGAAUUUGUCGGUCAGUGGACCGCUCCGGCAUCUCCUCCUGCGGGGGGCCUCGGGGUGGCCGGGGCGGGCCGUGCCGCCGGGGCCGCAGUCUCGAGGACCAGGAUGCCCGCCCUGGCACGCUUCCGCAGGCUGUGUCGGCACGUGUCCCCACAGACCGUCCUCUUCCUGCUGUUCGUCUUCUGCCUGUUCAGUGUUUUCGUCUCCGCCUACUACCUAUAUGGCUGGAAGCGGGGCCUGGAGCCCUCGGCUGACGCCCCCGAGCCCGACUGUGGGGACCCGCCGCCCGUGGCCCCCAGCCGCCUACUGCCGCUCAAGCCCGUGCAGGCGGCCGCCCCUUCCCGCACGGACCCGCUGGUGCUGGUGUUCGUGGAGAGCCUCUACUCCCAGCUGGGCCAGGAGGUGGUGGCCAUCCUGGAGUCGAGCCGCUUCAAGUACCGCACGGAGAUCGCGCCAGGCAAGGGGGACAUGCCCACACUCACUGACAAGGGCCGAGGCCGCUUUGCCCUCAUCAUCUACGAGAACAUCCUCAAGUACGUCAACCUGGACGCCUGGAACCGGGAACUGCUGGACAAGUACUGUGUGGCCUAUGGCGUGGGCAUCAUCGGCUUCUUCAAGGCCAAUGAGAACAGCCUGCUGAGUGCGCAGCUCAAAGGCUUCCCCCUGUUCCUGCACUCGAACCUGGGCCUGAAGGACUGCAGCAUCAACCCCCGGUCCCCACUGCUCUACGUGACUCGGCCCAGCGAGGUGGAGAAGGGCGUGCUGCCCGGCGAGGACUGGACUGUGUUCCAGUCCAACCACUCCACCUACGAGCCGGUGCUGCUGGCCAAGACACGCUCGUCCGAGUCCAUCCCGCACCUGGGCGCGGAUGCCGGCCUGCACGCCGCGCUGCACGCCACCGUGGUCCAGGACCUGGGCCUGCACGAUGGCAUCCAGCGCGUGCUCUUCGGCAACAACCUCAACUUCUGGCUGCACAAGCUUGUCUUUGUGGACGCCGUGGCCUUCCUCACGGGCAAGCGCCUCUCGCUGCCUUUGGACCGCUACAUCCUGGUGGACAUCGAUGACAUCUUCGUGGGCAAGGAGGGCACUCGCAUGAAGGUGGAGGACGUGAAGGCACUGUUUGAUACACAGAAUGAACUACGCACACACAUCCCAAACUUCACCUUCAACCUGGGCUACUCAGGGAAAUUCUUCCACACAGGUACUGAUGCUGAAGACGCUGGGGAUGACCUGUUGCUGUCCUACGUGAAGGAGUUCUGGUGGUUCCCCCACAUGUGGAGCCACAUGCAGCCCCACCUUUUCCACAACCAGUCUGUGCUGGCUGAGCAGAUGGCCCUGAACAAGAAGUUCGCUGUCGAGCACGGCAUUCCCACAGACAUGGGGUAUGCAGUGGCGCCCCACCACUCGGGCGUGUACCCUGUGCACGUGCAGCUGUACGAGGCCUGGAAGCAGGUGUGGAGCAUCCGAGUGACCAGCACGGAGGAGUACCCGCACCUGAAGCCAGCCCGCUACCGCCGUGGUUUCAUCCACAAUGGCAUCAUGGUCCUCCCACGGCAGACCUGCGGCCUCUUCACGCACACCAUCUUCUACAACGAGUACCCCGGCGGCUCCAGCGAGCUGGACAAGAUUAUCAACGGGGGCGAGCUCUUCCUCACCGUGCUCCUCAAUCCUAUUAGCAUCUUUAUGACGCACCUGUCCAACUACGGGAACGACCGGCUGGGCCUGUACACCUUUAAGCACCUGGUGCGCUUCCUGCAUUCCUGGACCAACCUUCGGCUGCAGACGCUGCCCCCCGUGCAGCUGGCCCAGAAGUACUUCCAGAUCUUCUCGGAGGAGAAGGACCCACUCUGGCAGGACCCCUGCGAGGACAAACGCCACAAAGACAUCUGGUCCAAGGAGAAGACGUGUGACCGCUUCCCAAAACUCCUCAUCAUUGGCCCCCAGAAAACAGGCACCACGGCCCUCUACCUGUUCCUGAGCAUGCACCCGGACCUCAGCAGCAACUACCCCAGCUCAGAGACCUUUGAGGAGAUCCAGUUUUUUAACGGCCACAACUAUCACAAAGGCAUCGACUGGUACAUGGAGUUCUUCCCCAUCCCCUCCAACACCACCUCCGACUUCUACUUUGAGAAAAGCGCCAACUACUUUGAUUCAGAAGUGGCGCCCCGGCGGGCAGCUGCCCUGUUGCCCAAAGCCAAGGUUCUGACCAUCCUCAUCAACCCGGCGGACCGGGCCUACUCCUGGUACCAGCACCAGCGAGCCCACGAUGACCCAGUGGCCCUGAAGUACACCUUCCAUGAGGUGAUCACAGCCGGGCCCGACGCGUCCUCGAAGCUGCGCACCCUCCAGAACCGCUGCCUGGUCCCCGGCUGGUACGCCACCCACAUUGAACGCUGGCUCAGCGCCUUUCACGCCAGCCAGAUUCUGGUCUUGGAUGGCAAACUGCUGCGAACAGAACCUGCCAAGGUGAUGGACACGGUGCAGAAGUUCCUUGGGGUGACCAACACCAUCGACUACCACAAAACCUUGGCGUUCGAUCCAAAGAAGGGAUUUUGGUGUCAGCUGCUUGAAGGAGGAAAAACCAAGUGUCUGGGCAAAAGCAAGGGCCGGAAAUACCCGGAGAUGGACUUGGACUCCCGCGCCUUCCUGAAGGACUAUUACCGGGACCACAACAUCGAGCUCUCCAAGCUGCUGUACAAGAUGGGCCAGACGCUGCCCACCUGGCUGCGGGAGGACCUCCAGAACACCAGGUAGCCACAGCCGCCACAGCCAGACCGAACGUUUGUGAUGGCAGGAACGUCCCGCCGUGCACUGAGCCAGACUGACCUGCGGAACAGGGAGCUGGGCCUGGGCCGGCCAAGCAGUAUGAGCAAUACUCUGCCGGGGCCCCGCCAGGGCCCAGAGAAGAGCCCAGAUGGGUCCGCAAGCGCCUCAGCAUCCAGUGCUGGGUCCACGGCCUCCAGUACCUCCUGAGCUGCCGGAGGUCCACCCUGUCCACAGCCUUCCACGGGGAGGCCACUCCCUGGUAGGAAAGGGUCCUCGAGACUCUCUUUUCUGUCCCUCACUGUGUUCUACCGACCAAGGCCUCCCCUUUGUCCCAUCACUUCCCGCCCCAGCAGGGUGUCCCCUCAGUGUUAGCGGCCACAUUUUCCCUGUCCUGUGGACAGUAAGGGGGAAGAGCCCCGCUGGGCCUUUUGCCAAACCAAGGAGAGAGACUGGACCCUCGGAGGGGCCAGCCGGGUACCCAAGUCGGUCACUAGCUAGACUGGACAACAGUGGGGUCCCUCAAGAGGACGCUGAACUUCCAUAUACGUCCUGGUUCAUAUCUUCAGCUCUCACCUUCCCUUUCCGGGGAGAGAGUCGCUGACUCCUAGAGUAUCCACCUGAUCCUCGAGGCCUCCUUUGGGGCCUGGGGCACUGCCACACCACUGGGACCCAGAGACCCGGGCCUCCACCCCCUCUCCCCGGGAUAUGACACGCGUGGUGUUUCCUGUGGUAGAAGAUGGAGGUGGCUCGGGAGUCUGCCAGGGUCCGUGUUCCGGCGCACACGCCGCCCCGCACCCCCAGCCCUGGCCCCCAGCCAGCCCUUGCAGAGCCGGGGAGAGGCUGUGCCCUGGCGGGCCGUGGCUGAGGGCUCCCAGAGGCCCCCUUGACCUCCCCAAUACUAAGAAGCUAAAGUAUUUUAAUAUUUUGUUUUAUUUCUUGGUGCCAGAGUUUAUACUUUGGGUGCUGGGGUUGCACUGUGUUAUAUAUAUAUAUAUAUAAUUUGUAUAUAUAUAUUAUAUUUUUUUGGUUGGGUUUAUUUUUAAUUAAGUCACACAAAAUGGUGGCAAGCCCCAGCCCCGUGCACGAAAAUGAGAUGGAAGGGAGGGGGCGGCCGCGUCUUCCUGUGUCCAGGCCUCGAGGAGACGGUGCGGGGUGCCCUGGGAGAGCUGCCUGUGUCUCCUCCCAAGAGCCCUGGCUGCCCAGGGCUGCGCAGGUGCACGGAGGCGGUGAAACACACAGGGAAGACCUGCUCUGUCUAGGAAAUCUAGCUUCGCAAGUGCAGAGACCUGGGGGAGCUUUAGCCAAAGGAAACAGCCAGGCUGGUGUGGGCGACUUGGCCAGAGGCUGGCCUGUCCCCUCCCCUCACAUGGUGCUAGGUGGGGAGCUGCCCUGGGAGCUGGGGGGCCCACAGGGACCACAGAGCUGCCUCCAGGCCCCCUGCAGACAGCGGGUCUCCGGGCUGUUUUCUGGUUGGGGUCCGCUCCUACCCUCCUUUUAACAAUGUGAAGUGACUAAACUGGGGUACUCUCCCCACCCCCCCAGACCCCCCCACUCCCAGUUCAGCUUCGAACUGACACCCAGGAAGACCUUUCUGGAAAGCCUUGCCUUGUUCAGAAGACCGUAGCGUCUUGGGGUGGGAAGGGUCCUUCAGCUGUGCAAACCACGGGAGGUGGCUUCCUUGGCCGACGUCACGGAGCGGGCUGGGAGCAAGGCUGAGAACUGAAUUUGUAGCUCCCAGUUCUGAGUCCAGCGCGCCUCUUCCAACGCCACACUGCCUCUGAGCCUCUCCUUGGGACCCUACUCUGUGCCAGGUUCCCGUCCCUUCCUCAGUCACGCCCGUGGUCACUCCAGGACAUAGGGACAAACCACUUCUUCCCAGCCAGGGUGCCUUCGAGUUUUCUCAGACCCGCAUUUGCAUCCCUGCCUCGCACCCUCCACCUCUCAAGGCCCUUCCCAGCCUGCAGGGCCCGGGUCUCUCUUAGCUCUGAACCGAUGCCCUUUCCCCAGGUCUCCACGGAGCCAGAGAGUGGUGGCUACUCAGUGGGUCCAGAGUGGGUGGCUGCAUGGUCUCACUGUACUUCCCGAGGGGCUUUGAGCCCGGGAGCCCUGAGCCUUGUCCACCCUGUGGGGGAGGAAAAGCACGUGUCCCAGGACAGGGCGGCCACGCCGAGGAUCCAGACCCCCACGCUGACUUCCACAGUGCCAGUUCCGAGCCUCGCUUCCCAAAGGUCAGCAAGUGGCCGGGCUCGGUGACCCGAGAGGACCUUCCAGCGCCCACGUUCCGCAGUCUACCCUCUGGGCCUGGACGCCGGCCCCCGCCCCUCGGAGCCCUGAAGGCCUGAUGGGCCAGCAGCUCCACUUCUCAGGGCCUCUGGGCCGAGGAAGGAGCAGGCGGGUGUGAGACGGUGGGGGUUUUGCCCGGGCCCUUCCAGGAGGCAGGGGACUUGACCGCCACCUCUAAGUCUGGUCACUGCUCUUCCCUUCCCACUGAAGAAUCUUCCUCAAGGGCCCACUGCCAGCACCUGCAGGUACUGCAGAGGGGACAGAUAAGUCCCUCAGGGGCUCUCAGCUGCUGAGCGCACAGGUCCCCUCGUGGGAAGAGAGAACCAGCGGUUGGCAGGUCCAGCAGCAUCAGCUUGUUGAAUGUUCUCUAGCUCACUGGAAGCGUUUGGCCAAGGAGGGAGAUCGAGAGUGAGGGAGAGCACCAAAUCAUGUAGGUGACCUCACCAUCCAUCCUGCUGACCCCACCACACACCCUUGCCCCCCAGGAGGUCUGUAGGGGGAGUCUGGCUAACGCUGCUUCGGUCGGUUCCAGAGCGAGCUGUAGGGUGGGCAUCCUGUGAUGGGACUUUUCUGGGCCCCAAAGCAGGAGCGGCCAGUGCCUCGGGCCCAGGUGAGGGGGCAGGGUGUGUCCCCAGGAGCAGACAACUGCUGGGCUGCCCCAGAGAUGGUGGUGGUCCCAAUGCUGGCUGACUCCAUAGGCUCUUAACCCACCAUCUAGAUUUAAAAUGAACAUUUUGGUAUAUUUGUUUUCUCUUGCUGCAUAGAGUUUUUUCUGAGCUUGCCUAAAAGUAAAAGUCGUGGGACUUCGCCCCAAAAUGCGGCAGCCUGCAUCUGUUCAGUCAGGACGGUGCCCUGAGUCGCCCAGGGUCGCGCAGUGGCCGUGACAUGCCGGCGUCUGCUCUCCGCCCACAUCCCUCUCCCCGCAAACAACUUGCACCUGGUUUGGGAAUUUGGGUCCAGUCGGGGCACACAUUGCAUUUUGGUGUUUUUAAGGCUCAUUGAAUGUUGAGAAGUCCUCCUGCUCACUUUGACUUCUAAGUGGCGUCAUUUCUGAGGCCAGCGGGCCUGCCGUCCCGGAGGAGCCCGCCGUUGUGUCUUUGUCCUCUGGCUUCCUUCCGCUGUUGGAGGUCGAGUUCCCUGGCCCCUGGGCCGUCGGGAACGAUUCAGGCCGUGCAGAGCUUUGUGCUGACCGCACAGCUUCCCUCCAGCCUAAGGUGCCCCUCUGCUGUCACCUGUACCGCGUGCCAGACGAGCACAGAGGGGCCAGCCGAGCUCCAGGAGCUCAGUGGGGGACCAGGCAGGCAGCCUCUCAGCAGGGUCUGGAGGAAGGGCUGGGGGCCCUCAGGGAGGAGGGGCCUGUGCACAGAGGCCGGACCCAGCAGUGUAGAGCCUCUCGGAAAUGAGACCUCUCUGGUGACGGAGCACAGGGGCCCAGACUGCAUCCGUCUCUUUCUCUAGCUCUUUGUUUCUAGUCUCUGUCUCAGUUUCUCUCUGCUGUGGUCUCAGGGUCCUCACUUCCAGGAGGCCAUGGUCCGUGCGCACUGGAGCAGAGCCAGGCCGCAGGAUGUGCCAGGGGCGGGUCCAGCCAGGGAACUGCCUCCCACAGAUCGUGGGAGGAGGAGGAAAGCACUGGGCUGGAGGCAGGAGCUGGGAAGUGUCACCCCACCCAAGGACGCUCGGUCUCGGCAUGACAGGUUUCCUCCCAGGGCCUGUUUCCCCAUUUAUAGGACGAGCAGGGGGAGCCACCGCGGGGGUCUUCAAAUGGCAGAAAGGAAGUAGCUUUACUCUUGUCGAAGUGAGGACAGAGGCCCCGCGCACAUCCCCACCCCCGUCCACACGCCAGCCACACUCGGGGGGAUGCUGAGCUCCGGGUUUGCGGUCCUGGGUCUGGCUGCCCCCAGGGUUUGCCCUCUGACGGACAGAAAGGUUUUCAGCUCCUUUGGUGGGGUGGGCAUCUCUUUUGUGUGGGGUCCACGUCAAGGGCUUGAGGGCCUCUGGCAGCGUUUUAUCCUAGUAAGUUUCUCCCUCCUCUCUCCUUCCCCUCUGUGGCCCUUGAGGAGGGUGAGGGAGGAGAGGUCUCUGACUGUGCGAGCUUUUACUAUCAGCAAGAGGGCUCCUUUUGUAAUUUGUGCAUGAAAUUCAUGUCAUUUCCUGGGGAGAGGAGAGGGCUAAUUAGAGAGGGUGGGGGGCAUGCGGGGGGAGCAGGCUGAGGUUUCCUUCCCUUGUGGGGGUGGGGACAGGCGUGGAAAGGGGGUGCUACCCAGCUCACCCAAUCAGGGCUCUUGAACCAGCCGUUUUGGGUUGUGUUAAAAGUGGGAACCUUCCUCCAUUAAUGUACAAUUUCGAACUAACUGCUAAUAAAGUGGGGUUCCAUUUGUA